AGCAAAGCUGAUGUUAAAACUGUAAAACAGUCCUCUUCAUAACUGUGACACAAUUCAUGUGGCUACUGGAUUAGAGCCCAUACUUCCACUGGAGAACCCUGGACAGAAUGUUCUCAUUCCCCGAGACUCAGAACAAGCUGAUCAACACAAGCUGUUCACAUGCACUAAAAGUUGUCUUCGUCCUCCAUGCUCAGGUCUGCUGCCCCCUCAUAUGGCUGUAGCUGGACAUCUCGCCCUGUAAAGCGUUUCUGCAGUUUAUACCUCAGUCACUCCAUCCUGAGUACCAGGACCUGAGCUGGUGUGUUGGAGAAGAUGUUCCUCUUCACUGUUAUUGCUGUGCUCUCGCUCAAAGUGAAAGCAGACCUGAGGAAGUUGGACAUGGCUCCUGAUGCAGUAGACGACGUCUUCUCACAGUGUCAAGACAAAAUGCUGAAGGCUGUUACUGAAGCAGACGGCCUGCUCCACAAGGAACUCAAGGCUGAUAAAGAGUUUGAGGAGUUGUGGAGGAAAUACAGUGGAAUGUGCAAGAAGAACAUUACUGGUGGAACAUCGUAUCACAUUGAUGCUCUAGAGGCAUAUGGAAAUUCUAAGCCUAAAUUUAGGAAAAUGUUCAACAAUUUGGUUUAUAGCAAAGGAGACAACACCCUGACCUACAGAGAUGAGUUUCCCUUCAAGUCUCUUCAUUUUCUCUUAACAGACUCCCUGCGACUGCUGAAGCCCAGAAACACAUGUGAGACCAAGUACUGUGCCACCAGGAACACAUACACAGCAGAUACAGGGACCGAGGUCCGAUUUGGAAAGUUCAUCAAUGCCAAAAACACACUGAGCUCUACAAUUGAAGAACUGGAGACAGAAGAUGGAGGCACCAUGUUUAACAUCACUUCCUGUUCUGUGAUUAAUGUUGAAGAGAACACGUGUACAUCUGAGGAAAUCCAGUGUCUUAUUUCUCCAGCCGAGGUCUUCACGGUGAAGGACAUUCGCAAUGCUACCACCGAUGAUGAUACCACAUAUAAAUUAAUCACUUUAACACACUCACGCUUUCUCAGCAAUCACAACUGCACUUUCUUCCAUAGGAAUUCUGCAGAUGUUGAAUCCUCCACCUCUCUGAUCUUCACCCUUCUGGCUCUGACAGCCUCCUUGUUGACUCAGUUUACUGUGAUAGAGUGACUUACGUCUUCAUCUAGAUGGAAAAUUUCUCCUAUAUAUCAUAACAUGGAUAGAAAUGUAGGAAUUUAGACAAGAGAUGACUAAUUUCUAAAGGUGUCUAUGGCAGUAUGUCACAGCUUUGGAAAACACUGUUACGCUGAUGAGUUUAAUAAAUUUCAUUAUUACUUGUUUCUUUGACGUAAGUUGACAGGAAGUGAGAGAAGAAGGAAAGAGGGAAGUAACUGGUCAAGAGUUAUUUGAGUUUGCAUUAAAGGAAUCUUAAAACUUUC